AUGCCGUCAACACAGAAGGCGACGAAGGAUGGUAUCGACCCGUGCUCUGCCGGAACUGAAGAGUUGACCGACUUUUUCCACCACCUCUACUCCCAGGACCGUACCAUAGACCAGGCAAAGUCGUCCCUUGUGACGUACUUCAACAAACUUGGUGUGGUUCCAAACCCGGCCCAGGACCCGGCGACAAGGCGCUAUAUCGUGGGGCUACAGAAGUACAACAAACAGAACAAUGUCGACGAAAAGAAGCCGCAUCCCCUUACCGUGCAAGAGCUGUCCACGCUCAUGAACAUCUUUGCAUGUCUGCAUCCCUUUCUUGGUGCCAUGCUGCGGCUCCUCUUGGCUGUUGGCUUUGUUGGAUGCUUUCGCAUGAGCGAAGUCCUGGCACUACGUUGGAACGACGUUCAACUCGUCACGGACAGCAAUGGACGAUACCUCUCCGUGCGCUUACGUUGGCACAAGAAGGCGAGCGUAGAAGAGGACUCGCAAGUGUAUCAUCUCGUCGACGAGAUGUCCUUUCCGUGCUUGCGCGCGUGCUUGUUCUACGAAGAGUACAUUUUGAAGAUCAGAACGUCCGGGCAGAACAUGGCGACGAGUAUCUUUGUCUUCCCAAAAUAUGCCGCAACGAAGACGGGUAUCCCUCGGAUCGACUGGAGCCACCCCCUCGACCAAAACAGUGUGCGCAAGACACUUGGUGAUACUGUCGAAAGAACUCUAGAUCUCCCUAUUGGCAAAUCUUUGCACAGUCUGCGUCGAGGUGGAUCGUUCUACCUUGUAUUUGUGUCGAAGGAGUGCCGGUUCAACUUUAGGGAGUUGAUGGCAUGGUGUCGUUGGGCUGAUGCCAAGACAUGCUGUGAGUACCUGAUCAUUCAGAGCAUCAGCAACGAGAUUGACCCACGGAGUCUCCUUCGUACCGGUCACGGUGAAAGUCUAGUGCCGUGGCAAUCGGACGUGACAACCACGGUCGAUUUGACCUUCACCGUUGACGACCUUGGGAGAACGUUGGCCAAACUUGCGGCAACUGCCAGUCGCAAGGCAUCUGGCCACGGUGGUGACCAAGCAGAGUUCGAUGGAAGAGUUCGUUGUCUAGAAGGCCAUUCCAACGGCACGUUCUGGAACCGAGGCCUGGCAGCAGUGGUUCGUGGCCGACCCAUCCAUCGGCUUGGUUUGUUCACUGAAGAACUAAACGAAAGAGAUGAUACGAAUGGAUCGGAAGAAGUACUCUGA